AUGGAUGAUCUCUCGGGAUUGAAUUGGUCGUCGUCGACCAACACGACGAACAACAAGCCGCCGCCGAUGAACCCCUCGGGCGCCAACUACUUCGGCUCCAUGCGACCGGCCAACUCAACACCAUCCCCCUUUCCCUCUGGCCGUAACACGCCUCUGUCCGCCCAAGGAUCAGGAGCCGUGGCUGCGAAACCUCCACCCGCGAAGCCGCCAGCCGAUAGUUUCAGCAACUUGAUGAGCUUUGGUGGUGCCGGGGCUGCGAAACCGACAUCGAAACUCACCUUGCUGGAACAGCAGCAGCGACUCGAGGCUGAGAAGAGGAAGAAGGAGGAGGAGAGGAAGAAACAAGCGCAGGCGCAAUUUGGCGGUGGUUUCUUGGAUACGCUGGGAUCGGGCUCAGUAUCGAGGACGACGUCCCCUGGCAUACUGUCCCCUGGCUCUUCUACGGGCAAGAAGGCCAGUGAUGAUGACGACCUCUUCGCGGCGUUCAACUCUGAGACCAAGGUCGACAAUGCUAGCCACUACCCUCCGCCUCCUCAGAAGAGCCUCUCGCCUGCGAUCGCCCCUGGCUUGGACCUCAGCAACCCAACCGCAUGGAAUCAGGCGCCUGCCCCUGCCAAUGGCGGCUUUGGGGACGACGACGAUCCGUUUGGUCUGAACCAACUGAAGCCCAAGGCCGCAUCUCCAGCACCCCCUCCGACGAACGAUGAUGAUGACGACUUCCUCGGAGACCUAGCCCGUCCGGUCGAAGAAGUUCGGCGCAAGCAACCCACCCCACAGCCCAAGGGGCCUGAGCCCGGAAAACCCAUUGAGGCAUCUGACUCCAGCUCAGAUGAUGAACGGCAGCCAGCUCCCAGGGGCGAGAUGGCCGAAUUUGACAAGGCUGUCGCACAGCUCGUCGAUUACGGCUUCACCCCUGAAAACGCUCGAAGGGGUUUAACAGAGAGUGGUGCGGGGUUGAAUGUGCAAGCAGCGGCCAACUGGCUUUUGGACGAUGCUCACCGACAAGCCAAGGCGAAGGCUCAAGGAAAGGAUCCAGCCGCUGCUUCAAGGAGAGGACGAGAUGAUGGUGGCAGACAGGAUAGUCAAAGACGGGCUGACACCAGAUCCCCUGCCGGUGAAGCUGACUUCUCAAAGACUGCGGCGGCUAUGGGAAAUAGCCUUUUCAAAACAGCCAACUCUCUCUGGAAGACUAGCAAGAAGCAGGUGGCGGCUGCAGUGGCAGACUUUAACCAACCCGAGGGCGACCCUAGCCAGCCGAAAUGGAUGCGCUCAGCACAAGCUGAUCGUGCUCAGCCUGAGCGGCGGGUGGCCGAGGCUACAGACGAGGCUAUGAUGCUGGAGUCUGGCGGUCGACCACAAAGAAAAGCCGGGCAAUCGUCGCAGUCUUCGAGACCAGAGGCCCCUCGCCGGACAGCAUCCCCAAGAGACCAGUCUCCUGCGGCAUCGGCCCCGUCAAGCGGCAGAGGCACUCCGGUACCCAGAUGGCAGCAGCAGAGCGGCCCAGCAAUACCGGAUUCAAGAAGUCGCGCAAGCAAGCUGGCAAUGGCGGACGACAGCGCGGCUUCGUAUGUCAGCCCUGCUAGGAGGAAGAAGGCGACACCUCAGCCGGAAGCGCCUGCGUCCCAGCAGGAGGACCCGGACCUGCUUUUCGGUUCACAAGCUCCGAAGCCCUCGCAAUCACUCCCUCAUCGCCCAGCUCAAUCAUCGCAGCCAUCACGACCCGUCCAGCCCUCCCAAGCCUCGCGGCCUGCAAGACCUCCAUCUCCCAAGCCAGCCCCUCGUCCCGCUCGUCAAAUCCCACCCAUUACACCUGCGGCGGUACAACAGUCAACAAAACACCGUCUCGAUGGAACUGCUCACUUCAAGAGAGGAGAUUACGGCGCAGCUCAUUCAUCUUAUACGUCAUCACUAUCUGCUGUGCCAUCUUCGCAUCCUCUUGCGAUUGUUAUCCUCACAAACCGCGCGUUGACAUCGUUGAAGAACGGCGAACCCAAGCGUGCUGUUGAAGACGCUGAUGCUGCACUCAAGAUCAUUGGUCCUGGUGGAGGUCAAGGCGAGCAGGUGUCUGUUGUGGGCGACACCGGCACCCAGGAGAAUCGCGAUAUGCGGGAUCUGUACGGCAAGGCAUUGAGCCGCAAGGCCGAGGCCCUCGAACAGAUGGAGCGAUGGGGCGAUGCCCACGCCGUCUGGUCAACCUGCGUGAAGAACGGCGUCGGCGGUCCUACCGCUAUCUCUGGCCGACAAAGAUGCCAGUCAGCCCUGGCUCCCAAGCCCAAGCCCAAGCCUAGACCAGCCGCUACUGCUCCUGCUCGGCCACGCCCUGUAGCAGCUUCUGCUAAGAACAUGGAAGCCGUGGAGCGCUUGCGCAAGCAGAAUCAAGCAGCGGCGCAAGAAGACGAUGAGAAGUUUGCGCUGUCGGAGAAGGUUGACGCCAAGAUUGCGGCAUGGAGAGAUGGCAAGAGAGAUAACCUGCGUGCUCUCAUCGGUAGCUUGGACUCGGUUCUCUGGGAAAACAGCGGAUGGAAGAAGGUUGGGCUGCACGAGCUUGUCAUGGCCAACAAGGUGAAGAUUCACUACAUGAAGGCCAUUGCUAAGUGUCAUCCCGAUAAGCUUCCACAAGACGCUAGCACGGAGGUGAGACUUAUCGCUGCUACGGUCUUUGCGACGUUGAAUGAGAGUUGGGAUAAGUUCAAGUCCGAGAACGGAUUCUGGGGGCAUUUAUCCCGAAUGCAAGCGGGCAAGCAAGCAUUGACGAAGGAAGUGAAUAUUCGAAGCCAUGUUUGA